UCUCCUGAAGACUCUUCCUUCCACAUACCUUUCUGCCUUCUCCGCUCCGUCGCCGGCGCUUAUCCCGCCAGCGCUAUCAACUUUUGAGACGUCUCAAGUAAAGCUUUACGCGCAGGGCAGGUCGCUCGUACCAGCGAGAACGCUCCUCCUGUUGCUGCUGGUUUUCGCGAAUUUUUUGUCAUCGCCUGCACGCUCGUCUCAGCGUAAGCAGGUCGUUCAUACCCGCGUAGACGGGCCGUUCAGCGUGUUCUGGCGUUUUGCGAGCGCUAUCUAAGCAAGCCGGCACGCGGCGCGGGGAUCGUCAUGUGUAGGACGGAAGUCGUGAGUUAAAGUGCCGUUGGGCUAGUACAACAACCGAAGCACCUCUUCAAUGGCGCGAAACGCGGAGACAGUGGUCUACGUGGUGGAUGCGGGUCCCUCUGUCCCUCGGAGCGUGUUUCAGGAGUGCUGGUUGUGGGUGGAGCAGCAGAUGGUGCAAAAGCUUCUCUUCAACCCACGAGACGAUGUUGCAGUCGUUGCAUUUGGCUGCGAGGAAACAAGCAACGACCUGCAUAUAGAGUCAGAGGGUGGAUACGAGCACACAUCGGUGGUGGUGCCUCACAGGCUGGUGGAUCCAUCCUCGUUAAAAGCUGUGCAUGCUAUGGAGCAAGCAGCAGAAGCCGGCAUACAGAGUGACUGGCUCAGUGCGCUCGUGGUUUCCCUGGACCUUCUCAUAAAGUCAAGGGGCCAGCUCGCGCUGAAGAAGGGCGUGAAGCGCAUCGUGCUGCUGACAGGUGGCGGCACGCCGUUGGAGGAGGCGAGCGAAGGCACGAACGAGGAACAGGUGACAACCCUGGCAGACACCAUGCGGCUGUAUGGCAUCACUCUGCAUGCCGUGCUGCUGAGGGGGGAGGUGGGAGGCAAAGAAGCAAGGGCAGCAGGGGGAGGACGGGGCAAGGGGGUUUUCAACGAGAAUGAGAAACUGCUAAGAAGUUUCUUCGAUGCUGGUGCCUCCAGGGAUCCCAGGGGUCGGAAAAGUGCAGCGGAUGAGUGGGGUGGGAAAAUGGAGGGGUUUGCAGGUGUUGGUAGAGGUGGGGCGGAAGGGGAAAGUGCGCAGGGUGCGGGAGAGGAGGGGAGGAAAGAGGGUGGCGGUGGUUCGGUGUGCGAGGGGGAGUUGAGAGUGAUAGCAUCACUCGCAGCAGCAGGCAUGCUUUUCAGAGUGAAGCCAAGAGUGCUGCCCACCACGUCCUACCGAGGCGACUUGCUGGUGGCUCCUGGGUUCACAAUCAAGGUCUGGGCUUACAAAAAGACCUUCGCCCAACGCCUUCCUCCCUUAAAGCUUCUGUCUCGCCUCGCCCCUCCCUCUGACCCCUCGGCUACUGGGGAUGUGAAGAUGGAGCGAGAGUACAAAGUGGUGCAGAGCCGUGGAGAUGGGCAUGGGGAGGGUGGAGGGGGUGGGGGGGAUGAAGGAGGGGAGGGGGGAGGAGAGUGCAGUGAAGGAGCAGGGGGAGGAGGGGGCGAGGAGCCAGAGACAGUGGGGCUGGAUGAGCUUGUGCGAGCGUACAAGUACGGGCCUCAGGUCAUCCCUGUGAGCGACUAUGACCGCAUGGCGAACCGGUUUCUGGCGGAAAAGGGGAUCCAACUGAUUGGAUUCACUAUGAGAGAGCAGAUCCCCAGAUCCCCAGGGGCGUCGAUGUAAAAACUGUGUGUAAUGAGUCUGCUUUUGAGUCGACUCAAAAGAUUCACUAGGAGAGACCAGAUCCCCAGGUGUGUCGAUGUAAAAACUGUGUGUAAUGAGUCUGCUCUAGAGUCGACUCAAAAGAUUCAAUGAGAGAGCAGAUCCCCAGGGGCGUCGAUGUAAAAACUGUGUGUAAUGAGUCUGCUUUUGAGUCGACUCAAAAGAUUCACUAGGAGAGACCAGAUCCCCAGAUCCCCAGGGGCGUCGAUGUAAAAACUGUGUGUAAUGAGUCUGCUUUUGAGUCGACUCAAAAGAUUCACUAGGAGAGACCAGAUCCCCAGGUGUGUCGAUGUAAAAACUGUGUGUAAUGAGUCUGCUCUAGAGUCGACUCAAAAGAUUCAAUGAGAGAGCAGAUCCCCAGGGGCGUCGAUGUAAAAACUGUGUGUAAUGAGUCUGCUUUUGAGUCGACUCAAAAGAUUCACUAUGAG